CAACAUGUAGGGUUUAGUAUGUUGAUAGUUUUCUCAUCCACAUGUACUUUUGACCCUUCAGAGCUAUUUUGGAAAGAUACUAUGUGCUUUUCCCAGGAGUAGUACAGGCAGCUUGUUUUAAUGUCUUGCAUACUUGCAUAUCAGUAAGUUACUCCUAUUUUCCUAGUCUUUUUUUAAAAAACAUAAAAAAAUAAAAAUAAAAAAAAAUAAAAAUGUAAUUGGUUCUCAGAGUGGUAACCCAAAACACAAUUGCUGGGAAUUGGAUUUAGACAGAGAAAUGUAUAGCAAUAUGGUGUGCAAAAGGCAAAAUUAGAAAUGUUGUGUGUCUCAUCUCCCCCCCCCCCCCAUCUGAAUAAUAAUUUAAAUGACUACCUGUAGGGGGAAAAAAAAGUAGCCUACAUUAGGAAUUACAAAAUAAAGCCAUGAGAGCAUUAUACUAAUGCUUUGGUAAUCAAGAUUUAUUUAUCAACCCAAAAUAUUUCUCACAGGGAUUGCAACCCUGGCCACAGGCACUCGUACAGCACCUGUGUCGGUACAGGAAUGUAUGUUGUACUUUAGGCAACGACUUUUUUUUUUAAUUGUUGUACCAACAUGUGCUGUGUGACUGUUUGUUUUUUGCAGAAGGUGUGCAGCACUUUCUUACUACACUUGGUACAGUACACCAGCUGAGUAAAGAGUAAAUUCAAAGCAUUAUGUUUUGAUUUGCCACUGUGGUCGGCACCACACAAUCAGCCACUUCGAUAAGAACUCAAAUGAAAAGCUUUUUACAACAGUGAUGACAGUCGGGGAAGUGCGAUCCUUUACCAGUAAUGAAAGGUCUCCCAGCAGGGAACAGACACAUUGCCACCAAGAGACCUUUUUAAUGGAGUUCUUGGGACCUUGAUCAUUAAUCUCCUAAUUAAAAACAUGCUGGGUCACGAUGAAGAGGCGGUGGUGGAUCUUGGUAAAACCAGCUCUACGAUCAGCACAAACUUUGAAAAAGAAGAACUAGAAAGCCACAGGGCGGUGUACAUCGGGGUCCAUGUGCCCCUGGGCAAGCAGAGCCGACGGAGACACAGGCACAGGGGCCACCGGCACCACAAGAAGAGGAGAGACCGGGAUUCUGACCGGGAGGACGGCAGGGAUUCGCCCACGUAUGACACCCCAUCUCAGCGUGUGCAGUUUAUCCUAGGCACUGAGGACGACGAUGAAGAGCACAUUCCUCACGACCUCUUCACAGAGAUGGACGAGCUGUCCUUCAGGGAGGGACACGAAUACGAGUGGAAGGAGACUGCAAGAUGGCUGAAAUUUGAAGAAGAUGUGGAAGAUGGCGGUGAGAGGUGGAGCAAGCCCUAUGUAGCCACCCUCCCUCUGCACAGCCUCUUCGAGUUGAGGAGCUGCAUAUUAAAAGGAACCGUCAUGCUGGACAUGAGAGCCAACUCUAUAGAUGAGAUUGCAGAUAUGGUUAUAGACAACAUGGUCGUGUCUGAGCAGCUGGAUGAGUCUGUGCGAGAGAAGGUGCGGGGGGCCUUGCUGAAGCGGCACCACCACCAGAACGAGAAGAAGCUGAGCAACCGCAUCCCCCUGGUUCGCUCCUUCGCUGACAUAGGCAAGAAACAAUCUGAUCCUCACUUGCUUGAGAGAAAUGGGGAAGGCCUGUCAGCUUCCCGUCUUUCCCUCAUUCGGACGGGUCUCUCGUCAUCCAACCCGUCUCAAAGAAGAGAAUCCCACAUUUCCCUCCUCUUGAAUUACCUCCUGCCGGGCUCCAAAGCCGGGACCCCUGCAGGUUCAAGGUCUACCACCCCCCAGACCUCCCCUAAAAACACACCACCCUCCACCCCGGCCCUGGAGAGCUUCCAGGAUCCCGAGGUGACCUGUGUGUACGACAUUCCCAUAGUGGUGGUGUACCCACCUGAGGAGGACCUGCUGCCAGCGGAGGGGCAGGGACAGGAGGACCAUCAUCUUGAGCAACCCCAACCAGGACACUUGGCGUCCCCACAGUCUGUUCCAGGAAACCUGGAAAUCUCCAAAGGAAGUGAAAGCAAAGGUAGCAUGGCAGGAGGCAGCAGGGAGAACAGCACUGUUGACUUCAGCAAGGUUGAUAUGAACUUCAUGAAGAAAAUACCCCCCGGAGCUGAAGCCUCAAAUGUUCUGGUGGGAGAGGUGGACUUUCUGGAGAGGCCCAUUAUUGCCUUCAUCCGACUCUCACCUGCUGUCCUCCUGAACGGCCUCACGGAAGUGCCUGUCCCUACCAGGUUUUUGUUUUUGUUAUUGGGUCCAUCUGGCAAAGGGUCGCAGUACCAUGAAAUUGGUAGAUCAAUUGCUACACUCAUGACAGAUGAGAUUUUCCAUGAUGUUGCUUACAAAGCAAAAGACAGAAACGACCUUUUAUCUGGAAUCGAUGAGUUUUUAGACCAGGUAACAGUUCUGCCGCCAGGAGAGUGGGAUCCUACGAUACGAAUUGAACCGCCAAAAAGUGUUCCUUCACAACAAAAAAGAAAAAUACCUGCUCUUCCAAAUGGCUCCACCCCGGCCAGUGAAUCGAUAAAGGAAGCGGAGCACCAUGCUGGACCAGAGCUCCAGAGGACAGGAAGGCUGUUUGGUGGCUUGGUGCUUGAUAUAAAGCGGAAAAAACCCUUUUUCUUGAGUGACAUCAAGGACGCGUUGAACCUGCAGUGCCUGGCCUCCAUCCUCUUCCUCUACUGUGCCUGUAUGUCUCCUGUUAUCACUUUCGGGGGACUGCUGGGAGAAGCUACAAAAGGCAAUAUAAGUGCAAUAGAAUCCCUCUUUGGAGCCUCGUUGACAGGGAUUUCCUAUUCGUUAUUCUCUGGACAGCCCCUAACGAUAUUGGGAAGCACGGGACCAGUUCUGGUGUUCGAGAAAAUUUUAUUUAAAUUUUGUGUGGAUUAUGAACUCUCAUAUCUCUCUCUGCGCACCAGCAUUGGUCUAUGGACAGCAUUCCUCUGCAUUGUGCUGGUCGCCACAGAUGCCAGUAGCCUAGUCUGCUACAUCACCAGAUUUACCGAAGAAGCCUUUGCUGCUCUUAUUUGUAUUAUAUUUAUUUACGAAGCACUAGAGAAACUCUUUAACUUGGGAGAGCUGUAUCCGGUCAACAUGCAUAAUGACUUGGAUAAUCUUACAUUUUACACAUGUCAGUGUUCCAAACCUGCAAAUCUAAGCGCUGUAACGCUACAACAUUUGCAAAAUACAAGCAUGACACCGGAAUCAAUUCUUUGGGAAGAUCUUGAUGUUACAAUGUGCAAGGCGCUCCAUGGGGAGUUUGUCGGACUGGCCUGCAAGGACCAACACCACGGUCCAUAUAUUCCUGAUGUCCUCUUCUGGUCGGUCAUCUUGUUCUUCACUACCCUCUUCCUUUCCUCAUUCCUCAAACAGUUCAAAACGAUGCGGUAUUUCCCAACCAAGGUGAGGUCGACCAUCAGUGACUUUGCUGUGUUUCUUACCAUAUUGAUUAUGGUGUUGGUGGACUACCUGAUUGGAAUUCCUUCUCCAAAGCUUAAUGUUCCUGAUAGGUUUGAGCCCACAUCAAAGAACCGAGGCUGGCUGAUUGAUCCUCUAGGCCCGAACCCCUGGUGGACAUUGCUAGCUGCUGCCAUCCCUGCUCUGCUCUGCACUAUCCUCAUCUUCAUGGAUCAACAGAUCACUGGUGUUAUUAUUAACAGAAAGGAGCACAAGCUAAAGAAAGGCUGUGGGUACCAUCUGGACCUGCUGUUGGUUGCUGUGAUGCUGGGGAUCUGCUCCAUCAUGGGGCUGCCCUGGUUUGUGGCGGCCACUGUCCUCUCCAUCAGUCACGUCAACAGUCUGAAGGUGGAAUCGGAAUGCUCUGCGCCGGGGGAGCAGCCCAAGUUCCUUGGAAUCCGAGAGCAGAGAAUUACAGGCCUCGUGAUAUUUGUCCUCAUGGGACUGUCUGUUUUUAUGACUUCUGUUUUGAAGUUUAUUCCUAUGCCAGUAUUGUACGGCGUGUUUCUCUACAUGGGCGCUUCUUCACUGAAGGGCAUCCAGUUUUUUGAUCGCAUAAAGCUGUUUGGCAUGCCAGCAAAGCACCAGCCUGACCUGAUUUACUUGAGAUACGUUCCACUGUGGAAGGUGCACGUCUUCACAAUCAUUCAGCUCACCUGCCUUGUCCUGCUGUGGGUCAUCAAAGCCUCUUCUGCUGCUGUUGUCUUUCCUAUGAUGGUCCUUGCUCUGGUGUUUAUCCGGAAACUCCUGGAUUUCUUCUUUACCAACCGGGAGUUGAGCUGGCUGGAUGACCUCAUGCCAGAAAGCAAGAAGAAGAAGGAGGAUGACAAGAAGAAAAAAGAGAAGGAGAAAAUGAAGAAUGGACUUAGAGUACCAGGGGAAGCUGAACGAAUGCUUGCUGUCGAUGACGGUGAAACAGUGCAGAUCCCUUUUGAGGGAGGAAACCUUUUAAAGAUUCCUGUUAAAAGCCUCAAGUGCAGCUCUGAUCCUUCUGUUGUAAACAUAUCUGAUGAAAUGGCCAAAACUGCUGUGUGGAAGGCUGUUGCCAUGCCUGCUGACAAUGCCAAAGCAAUGAAACCUAGCUCAAGCCCUGAGAAGACGGCAUGUAUUAAAAUCAACAUUGAAGAUGCACAGGGAGGGAAGGAAGCUGAUUCCGAAACAUCCCUUUAGGACUCUGAAGCAUGAAACAUUUGUUUGAAAGCCGCGACUUGAACAGCAUCUUGGCCUCAAUUCCAUGUACAAAGGACCUGAUAUAGAGAAUUCAAGCCAAUGGCUUUUUUUUAAUUUUAUUUAUUAUUUUGAAAGCCACCCUCCAACCUGAUGUUACAAAUUAACUUCAACCUAGGUAAUCAAUUAGCUAAUCCUGCAUAAGAAAGCAAAACAAAACUGAACAAUAGAUCUAUUGUUACAGUUAAAUUCGUACAAUUUAAAUAUGUAUUAUAGAUAGAUAGAUAAAUCGAGAGAGGUCAGAAUCAAAGUGGAGUUUUCUUUUAAAGCGGGUGCAUCAUCUGGUCAUUUAACCCUUCAAAAUUCAUUUUUAGGGGGUAAAUGUAUUCUUUCAGUGCAUUACACUGAACUAUGAUAGUUUUCAACAAUAUAGCAAUAUCUCAAAGAUUUGCCCACUGUAAUUACAAACGCCUCAUUUAGAAAAGGAUGCGUUUUGUUUUGCCUUAUUUAAAACAAAAAAAAAAGAGAGAAUACAUGUUGCCAUUUUUUUUUUUUAUGCUGCUGUGUUGUGAAACCAACAUUUUUUGCAAUAGGUUUUGGGGUUACAUUGCCUGGUAAGGUGCAACAUGAAGACUAUAUGUACAGUGCCUUGCAUAAGUAUUCACCCCCCUUGGACUUUUCCACAUUUUGUAGUGUUACAACCUGGAAUUAAAAUGGAUUUAAUUGGGAUUUUUACCAUUUGAUUUACACAACAUACUUAACACUUUGAAGGUGCAAAAUAUUUUUUAUUGUGACACAAAAGUUAAUUAAACAAAAAAAAAAGACAUUUGUUGGUUGCAUAAGUAUUCACCCCCCUACUUGGUAGAAGCAUCUUUGGCAGCAAUUACAGCUGUGAGUCUUUUUGGGUAAGUCUCUACCAGCUUUGCACAUCUGGAUCCUGCAAUUUUUGCCCAUUCUUCUUGGCAAAAUUGCUCAAGCUCUGUCAAGUUGGAUGGGGACCGUUGGUGAACAGCAAUUUUCGAGUCUUGCCACAGAUUCUUUGACUGGGCCAUUCUAAGACAUUCAGGCUCUUGUUUUUAAACCACUCCAGUGUAGCUUUGACUGUGUGUUUAGGGUCAUUAUCCUGCUGGAAGGUGAACCUCUGCCCCAGUCCCAGGUCUCUUGCAGACUGAAACAGGUUUUCCUCUAGAAUUUCCCUGUAUUUGGCUCCAUCCAUCUUGCCCUCAAUCCUGACCAGUUUCCCAGUCCCUGCCAAUGAAAAGCAUCCCCAUAACAUGAUGCUGUCACCACCAUGCUUCACCGUGGGGAUGGUGUUCUCAGGGUGAUGAGCAGUGUUGGCUUUGCGCCACACAUAGCGUUUUGCGCUAAGGCCAAAAAGUUCAGUUUUGGUCUCAUCAGACCAGAGAACCUUUUUCCACAUGUUUGCUGUGUCUCCCACAUGCCUUUUGGCAAAAUCCAAACGGGAAUUCCAGGUUGUAACACUACAAAAUGUGGAAAAGUCCAAGGGGGGUGAAUACUUAUGCAAGGCACUGUAUUUGCUGGAAGGUCAGUCUUCUAAAAACUGUCAGUAAGUGUAUGGUGUGUGAGCUUUUGUACAUAAUGGAAAGGAGGUUCUGAUUAUCAUCACCACAAUGUUUUGUUUUUCAAGGCAGAUUAGAAGAUAUUUUCUUGUGCUAAAUAUAUAAAAUACAGCUUUACAUUUAUUAGUGCAACUACAUUACAGGUCAUUUUCUAAUGCCAAAGUCUUUUUUGCAGUAAACAAAAACAAACCAUAAAAUUUAAAUAGUUUCUACAUUUUCUUCUACAUUUACACCCAGCAAUAGGUUUUUAAGUGUUUUUGUUUAGUUUGUGUUAUCUUUGUGCGUGUUCUAUCUUUUCAUGAAUAUGUAUUUUUUGUUUAAAUCAACUGACUUCUGAUAAAUACCUAUAGCUUUUUUUAUUGUAAUUUUAGAAUAACCUCCCUUCAUAAUAUUACAAUACAUAAGAAAUAAGUGUGAGUAUCCAAUACAGUAGACUCCCAUCUAUCAUCAUGUAAGUUUCUGCCAACUCCACACCUGUUUGCCCUCUACCAUAAUCAUUGUAAUUGAAACUGCUUUUCAUAUAGAACCACACAAAAAUGCAUUCUGAGAUAUUAGUAAACUUGUUUUUUUUAGGAGUGCACACUUAGUUUUUGCACGACAGUUUGACAAAGUUGUUUAGAGCAGUUUUGACCUGUAAUGUACUGUAGUUAAAGGGUACAUAAGGACCUUUUUAUUUUAUUGUGUUCCAUGUUCCCAUGUGUUGCUACAACUGUUUACGUAAGGUGUGUGUAUUGUUUUAAUUUUUUUUAUAUAUUUUGACCACUUUAAGUGUUGACCACUUUAAGUGUUAAUCCUUCUUUUCUCUCUCUAACCAUCUCUAUCAACACAUCAAUCAAUUUCGUGAUGCACUGUCACCUGAUUUGUUGACCAAUCUAUCCUGCCUCUAUAAAACACUCCCGUUUCUGGCAAUCUCUCUCUUUUUGAGCUUUGUUUGUUCCCAUCAUCCUCCCGUUCAUCUCCUAAACUUUCCUAUUUUCUUAUUUCCUAUACAGAGCCCUGCACCGAGUCUCCGCUGGGGGGACGGGAGACAUUAUGUACACUAUUCUUCUAGGUUUCCAUCGAUGCUGGACCUUUACUCUCUCAAACUUUGUAAUUAUACUAACUAUUAAUUAUAAUGAUCUGUUUCCUUAGAGCCCCCUCUUAGUGCCGUUGCUGUGUAAUCAUAAUGGCCUCUCUAUCUUAUUUUCUUCCUUCAAGGUCUUGAUCACAAGUACGUUCGGCCCCGUUGAGUCGGGGCCAUUCUCCUCCCCCCUGUGGGUUUGCAUCCGCAUCCAAGCCGUCGCUGCGGCUCUCCUGUGAGUAGGCAACUUUGUUUUCCAGGUCUCGGGGGUCAUCCGACCAGUCUUCAGUCACCAAGAUUCCUGAUCACGAGACGAAGACUUGCUUUCCUAUCCACUUUUCCCCCUUCAAGUAAAUAGCGCUCAUCAAGCCUGCUAUAAAUAACUCUCUACAUGUUUCACUGAUUCUCCGUGAAACUUUUACAUUGCAUUCCCUGCCUCAAGAUGGCUUCCCAUGUACCCGCAUGGACCUCUCAGAACUACAUUUCCCAUCAUCCUCCUGCUCACUGGUAAAGCCAUCUGUUACAUAAAUGAACAUGAGGAUGAUGGGAAAUGUAGUUCUGAGAGGUCCAUGCAGGUACAUAGUGAGCCAUCUUGAGGCAGGGAAUGCAAUUUAAAAGUUUGAAAAUGUGGUCAAAAUGUAAAAAAAUAAAAAUAAAUAAAACAAUACACACACCUUACAUAAACAGUUGUAGCAACACAUGGGAACAUGUAACACAAUAAAAUAAAAAGGUCCUUAUGUACCCUUUAAAUGGAAGCUGGUAUUAGACCUUUACCAUACUGUUCUCUACCUUUUUAGUUUAUACUUUUCUUUUUAAUUAGGUUACAAUAGCCAUACUUUAUAAAGUGUAAUUAUUUUGAGUGGAGUAGUUUUACAGUGCUAAAAUUUACAAAACUUUUACAUUUAAAUGUGAUUUAUUUUAUAUUAUAUUUUUUAUGUUUUUUUUUGUUGUUUAUAUUAUGCAUCUUAUUUAUUUUAAAUAGUUGAUGAUUUUAUGUUUAUGCCAUAUGUUAUUCUGAGAAAUUAAAAAAAAAAAACUGCAUCAUUUAUUCAUUUCGUUUUAUCAUAUUUCUAGUACUUUUAUCCCUGCACUUUUUAGAUAUGUUUACCAUGACUUCAUUGAGAUAGAUAUGUGACUUUGUUUUAUUAUAUGAAUAGCAUCAUCUCAGGAAACUUCCAUUCUGCACAGUAGAAUGACACAGUUUACCCAGAAUUAAUACUUGCAUGGUCAAGUGAUGUUUUUUUUCACAUUUAUAUUCAGUUUGUACUUAAACCAUUGAUAUUUAUUACAUUAAAUACUCUUUUGUAUUGAUUUUACCAAAUGCUAAUUUCAAGGAUGUCGCCAAAAAGUAUGCAUGAAUACUGAGAGAAAGUGAUGUUCACCAGUACAAUAUCCUCCGUUUUUUCCAACCUGUAGGCUUUUUUCAGACCCUUGGACCUGCUAUGGGUGGAUAUAAUAGAAUUAUGCAUUGUCAAAUUGUGUAUACAAUAAUAAUACUAAAUAAAUAUAUAUGGGCUACUGACUGUGAAAUAUUUUGUGACACCAACCCAAUGACUAGUUCUGGUCGUAUUUGUUUUAUUCAGUCCAUACUGUUAGUUAAAAAAUAGAAAUAUUUAGCCAUUCUUAAUAAAUACUUGGUUAAACAUAAUUUUAAAUACUGUGAAAAAGUGUUUUAAUUUUUUUUUGUUUGUUUUUUUUGGAGCAGUAUUUAAAGAAUGAUGGCUAUUACAAAAAAAAGCAGUGUCUGCACAGUGCACAUGUCUUCCCUCAGUUAGCACCUCCAAUCACAGAACAAAUAGUUCAUUUUGUUUUUUUAAGUGCUGAUUUUGUAAGAGUAGUAGCGGUUUUGCUUCUUUUUGUAUUGAUGUGAAGAGAUGUAACAUUCAUUCAGUUGUUUAGAAAGUGUUCUAGCUGUAGUCUACUGCCUUUUGAUAUUUGUUUGAUAAAUAACUAGAAAAUCCUUAUUUUUUGUAAUGUAAUUGAAAUCUGUUAAUGAAAGCAAUAAAAUGUAUUAUAUUAUGA